AUCUUCUAAGUUGCGUUUAAAUUUUCAUCUAGCAAUAAUGAUCAGAUUUAAUCGACAAAACUAAAAUUCUCGAACGGAUCACUACACGACCCUUGAAUUUAAGAGACUUUCGUCUUGCGUUUUAUCAAAAAUGUUAGGUGAGAAUCAAUUGCUCGCUGCGAACAGUGAUGAGGUCCCAAGUGCGACUUGUCAACGUCACUCAUGUCCUCCCCGCCGGCGCAUCACCAGCCGGCGGUGGCGGAGCGCCACCGCACGCCGUCGGCGGCGACGUUAUCAAGCUCUCCUUCCUCGACACCACGUUCGUCGCCCUCACGCCGCUCAAGCGGCUCUUCUUCUACGAGGGCGGCGACCUGCCGCCCUUCCCGGACCUCGUCCGCUCCCUCCAGUCCUCCCUCGCCACCACCCUCGCCGCGUUCACGCCGCUCGCCGGCAAGCUGACCCACCGCCCCGCCCACGACGACGUCGUCAUCGACUGCUCCGCCGGGGCCGUCUCUCCGGGCGUCAUGUUCGUCGAGGCCGAGUACGACCACACCCACGCCGCCGUCGACAUGCUCCGCCUCGCCGGCGACGACGAGCACCACACGGAGGCCUUCAAGCGGCUCGUGCCGGAGAUGGACGUCGGGAGGCUCCCUGCCCCUCUGCUCGCCGUCCAGGUUACGAGGCCAGCCCGCGACGGCGGCGGCAUCGUCGCCAUCGGCGUGUCCAUCCACCACGUGGUGGGCGACGGGCAGGCCGUUUGGCAGUUCAUGAGGGCAUGGUCCACGGCGUCGCGGGAGGGGUCGCCGGCGGCGACCGUGGCAACUCCGGUGUUCGACCGGAAAGCGGUGCUUCGCCAUCCCAAAGACGAAGAGCUGUCCCGCAUUUUCCUCCGCGUGUUUGCCCCGGCGCUGCCAUUAGUGAAUUGUUCAAUGUUUCCAGAGCCAGACACGGCACGGCAAUGGAGGAAGACCUACCAGCUCCGGCCAAACCAAAUCCAAUCACUGAAGCAGCAGAUGCUCGCCAUGAGCGAGCUCGCCGAGACGAAGGAGCUAACGACGAUGGAGGCGCCAACCACCCACGUAGCCGUGCUGUCUCUCUACUGGACGUCACUCGUUCGCGCCAAGUUCUCGAGCAGCGUCGCCGGAGGCGGCGACGGCGACGUCUACUUCAUGAUCCCCGGUGACCUGCGCCGCCGCCUGCGGCCACCGGUCGACGACGGCUACUUCGGCAACUGCGUGAAGGGCUGCUACCUGAGGGCCUCCGUCGCCGACCUCUGCGCCGGCGACGGCCUGGCGCGCGCCGCCGUCGCGUUCCAGAGCGCGGUCCGCGAGCACCUGGAGCGCGACGACCCGCUCGCCGACGUCGCGCGGUGGAGCGAGCCGGAGACGAAGGCGCCCACCAAGGAAAGGAUCGCGCAGGUGAGCUCGUCGCACCGGUUCAUGGCGUACGAGACGGACUUCGGGUGGGGCGCGCCCCGCCGCGUGGAGCUCGUGUCCGUGUACCGCAUGGACGUGGUGGCGCUCCUGGCGGCGGCCGGCGGCGGGGUGCAGGUGUCCGUCGCGCUUGACCGGGCGCACAAGGCGGCGUUCGAGAGCUACUUUCUUCCUGCUUUGAACACCGAAUCCGACUCAUUCUUAUCCGUCUAAAUAGCUACGAUAUCAUAUCAUUACACGGGGGCAAUUGCAAAUUUAUAAUCGGUGUGAAUCCUUAUGUAAAACUAUCGUUAAUAAUUACAAAAUUACUACUAUCAAUAAAAAUUACAAAUUACUACUACAACUAUUAUUCGAGUGGAUCCUUGCAAUAAAAGAAGAAAUAGUGAUAAAUUUACACAAAGUCUCUACGUACUAUCCCAUAUCCUAUCUUAUUUUCCUAUAUAGUUUACCCAUAAAACUG